AUGUCGGUGAAUUAUAUAGCCAACGUCCCAAAGUUGAAGGGUCGUGAAAACUAUGACGACUGGUGUUUUGCGGUGCAAAAUGUUUUGGUGCUAGAAAACAUGGCGGAUAAAAUCAAGACACAGCUAUCAGCAUCGGCGUCUGCGAGUGAUAUUGAAAGUGAUGCUAAGGCCAAGGCAAAAUUGAUAUUAACAAUCGAUACAUCUUUAUAUGUUCAUAUCAAGCAGGCAGCUACGGCAUAUGAUUUAUGGUCUACGCUUAAACAUAUGUAUGAUGAUUCCGGCUACAUGAGGAAGAUUAGUCUACUGAGAAAUCUCAUUAACAUUCGGUUAGAAAACUGUGAGUCAAUGGCACAGUAUGUUACUCAAAUUGUAGAAACGGGCCAGCGACUUCGAGGAACAGGAUUCAGUAUAACUGAUGAGUGGAUUGGAGCAUUAAUGUUAGCGGGAUUGACAGAAAAAUAUGCGCCUAUGAUAAUGGCCAUUGAGCAUUCUGGAAUAGAGGUUAGUGCAGAUAUUGUAAAAACAAAAUUGAUAGACAUGUGUGCUGAUGAUUAUGUUGGUACUACAUCCGGUUCGGAAAGUGCAUUUAUUGCGAAAGGAAGACAUAGAUUGAAAAGUGGCAAUACUAAAAGCGGCCAUAUUAAUAGACAAUCAGAUAUGACGCAACCUAUCAAGGUUAUAAAAUGCUAUAAGUGCAAGAAAAUUGGCCACUUCAAAAACCAAUGUCCUGAAGUUAAAGAAAAGCAAGUAAACGCAUUUAGUGCUGCAUUUUUUAAUAGUGAAUUUAAUAAGGAUGAUUGGUAUAUUGACUCAGGGGCUAGUACUCAUAUGACAUCAUGCAGAGAAAAUUUAUUGGAAGUGAGAAAAGUACACGAUAUGAAGGAAAUUAUUGUUGCAAAUAAUAUGACUGUGCCAGUUGUGUGUGCCGGGAAUACACAGAUAACUACGCUUGUGAAUAAUUCUCAGUUUGACAUUAAAGUGAACAACAUUUUGUACAUACCUAACCUGACCACAAACCUAUUAUCAGUAAGCCAGCUAAUAGCAAAAGGAAACAAAGUUAUUUUCAAAAGUGAUGUGUGUUAUAUACAUAAUCAACGGAAUGAGCUUAUUGGAAUAGCAAAUUUAAAGAAUGGUGUGUAUAAGUUGAAUACAGUUAAGUCAGAGAAAGUGUUGGCCGCAGCAGUUCAAAUUACAGAUGCAAAACAGUGGCAUAGGAGAUUAGGUCAUAUUAACAGUAAUGAUUUGCAGAAGAUGAAAAAUGGUGCUGUAGAUGGCAUAUCAUUUGAUAUGAAGGCUGAUAUUCAGAAAAUAAACUGCCAGAAGACAAACCCAUAUACUCCGGAGCAGAAUGGUGUCAGCGAGAGAUUCAACAGGACAAUUGUUGAACGUUCAAGAUGUUUAUUGUUCGAGGCCAAACUGGAUAAAAGUUAUUGGGCAGAAGCAGUUAACACGGCAGUAUACUUGAAAAAUAGAUCGCCAGCUUCAGGUUUGGACCAAAAGACACCGAUUGAAGUAUGGACAGGACAUAAACCUGACCUCAGUCAUGUCAGAAUAUUUGGGAGCCCUGUAAUGAUGCAUGUUCCUAAAAAUAAAAGAUUUAAGUGGGACAAGAAAGCAGUUAAAUACAUAUUAGUGGGAUACUCGGAAAAUGUGAAAGGUUACCGAUUAUACAACCCAGAAACUAGAAAGAUAUGUACCAGUAGAGAUGUCAUUAUAAUGGAGCAAGAUACUACUGAGAUAGAAAUAAACGAAGGACAGAUAAAAGAACAGCAAUCAGUAGAAGAGGAAAGUUCUAUGAUAGAAAAUGAAUCAGAAUCUUGGGCUGAAGACAUAAGUUAUAAUGAAGCUACCAACGGUCCAGAGAAAGACAAGUGGCAGCAGGCUAUGUCUGAUGAACUUCAAGCAUUUGAGGAUAACCAAGCCUGGGAGAUUGUCAGUCAAGAUGAGGCAGAUAGAGUAGUACAAUGCAAAUGGGUGUUCAAGAAAAAGCCAGAAAACAAUAACAGUGUCAGGUAUAGAGCAAGACUUGUGGCGAAAGGUUACACUCAACAGCACGGAGUAGAUUUUAAUGAGACCUACUCACCUGUUCUCAGGUACUCUACACUUAGAUUAUUGUUUGCAAUAAGUGUAAAAUAUAAUUUUGAAAUCACUCAUCUUGAUGUAGUUACAGCAUUUUUAAAUGGUUUUUUAACAGAAAAUGUAUACAUGCAAGCACCUGCUAAUUUAAAUUGUCCGAGUAAUUGUGUUCUUAAACUUAAAAAGGCAGUUUAUGGUUUGAAGCAGUCUGCUAGGGCAUGGAAUGCUAGAAUAAACGAUUUUUUGAUAGAUUUAGAUUAUAAAAAGUCAGUAUCAGAACCAUGUUUAUACAGUAAAAAAUGUAAGAAUGAGCAGAUUAUCAUUGCAAUAUUUGUUGAUGAUUUCUUUAUUUUUUCUAAUUGUAAAACUAUGACUAAUGAUCUUAAGAAAAAACUUAUGUCUAAAUUUAAAAUUAAAGACUUAGGUCAAAUUAAAAGGUGUUUAGGCAUGAGAGUGAAAUGUGAAAAUAACUGUAUAUCUAUUGAUCAGGAACAAUUUGUAAAACAAAUUCUUAAAAAGUUUUAUAUGACUGAUUGUAAUACUAAAGAUACUCCUAUGGAAUGUAAUUUGAAAUUAGAAAAGGCAGAAUGUGUUGACAAACAGUUUCCCUAUCCACAGCUUAUAGGAAAUCUUAUGUAUUUGUCAGUAUUAACACGUCCAGAUAUAUCAUAUAGUGUGAGCUACCUUAGCCAGUUUAAUAAUUGUUUUAGUUCAGUUCAUUGGCAUCAUGUGAAAAGAAUUUUAAAAUAUUUGCAAAAAACUAAAUCUUAUGGUUUGAAGUUUACUAAAGAUACCUGUAAUUUAGAAGGUUUUGUAGAUGCUGAUUGGGCGUCGAAUACUGUAGAUAGGAAAUCCUACACAGGAUUUUGUUUUAAAUUGUCAGGCUGUGUGAUAUCCUAUGAAUGUAGGAAGCAACAAACGGUAGCUUUGUCAAGUACCGAGGCCGAAUACAUGGCCAUUGCUGAAGCAUGUAAAGAGGCAAUAUAUUUAAAAAGUCUUAUAUCAGAUAUUAUUGGUUGUAACUAUACUGUAGUAAUUUACAAUGAUAACCAGGGAGCCAAAAAGUUGACAGAGAAUCCUUUGUUUCACAAACGAACUAAACAUAUAGAUGUUCGCUACCACUUCAUACGUGAAGCAGUCUCUAAUAGCCUUAUUAAAAUUGAAUAUCUUUCAACAUCUGAGAUGCCUGCUGAUAUAUUAACGAAAAGUUUGAGUGCUGCCAAACAUAACUAUCUUAUAAAAUUAUUAGGAAUUCAAAAUGUUUAA